UUGGGACAAACGUUUCAGAAAUGCAGAUCUGAAGUCUCCUCGCCUUCUCCUCCUCCUCCUUCCAACCUGCGAGAGAGACACCGACCACAUGCACAAAUUCACUGUUUAUCUAUGUUAUACUGUGUGAAUGUAAUGUGUUUAUCUUCUGUUUGCCACUUUGCACCACUCUUUACCAAGUGAAUUGUUGACCAGAGGGUUGGAGGAUCAGGGCGUGAUGGUGGCCACAAGUGGCUCCGGCGCAGAAGAGCGCGGUGGGAUGGCGGUGGGCAGCAGGGACGCCGAGUCUCUAUUCAGAUCGAAACCCAUUUCAGAAAUCCGCAAUGUGGAGGCCACCACCAGGAAGCAGAUCCAGGAGAAGAAGGAGGAGCUCCGGCAACUUGUGGGCAACAGGUACCGGGACCUCAUCGACUCCGCCGACUCCAUCCUCCUUAUGAAAUCCUCUUGCCACUCCAUCUCCUCCAACAUCUCCUCCAUCUACUCCGCCAUUUCCUCCCUCUCCGCCUCCCACACCCCCCAUUUGUCCUCCCCCAACCCUUCCCGACUCACCAUCUACGCCCUCGCUUCUCGAAUCAAGUACCUCGUCGACACCCCCGAGAACAUCUGGGGUUGUCUGGAUGAAUCCAUGUUUCUCGAAGCUGCCUCCCGCUAUGUCCGCGCCAACCAUGUCCAGACCACCCUCAUCGACAACGCCGACGGCCACCGUCGCAAGAUCUUGGCCAAUUUUCCUCUUCUCCAGCAUCAGCUCCAGAUUGUGGAGAGCUUCAAGGCCCAGAUUUCGCAGCGCGGUCGGGAGAGAUUGUUGGAUUGUGGACUCGGCAUCAAUGCCUAUGCGGAUGCCCUUGCUGCCGUGGCCGUCAUCGAUGACCUCAAUCCUAACCAGGUUUUGGCUUUGUUUUUGGAUACCAGGAGAUCCUGGAUCUCUCAGAAAUUAGCUGCUGCUAAUUCUACUGUUGUAGUUUCUGUAUUCUGUCAGGUCUUGAAAAUAAUUCAGGUUAGUAUAGCCCAAGUUGGGGAGUUGUUUUUGCAAGUGUUGAAUGAUAUGCCUUUGUUUUACAAGGUUGUAUUGGGUUCACCUCCCGCAUCUCAAUUGUUCGGUGGAAUACCCAACCCGGACGAGGAGGUGAAGCUUUGGAAAUCCUUCAGGGAUAAGUUAGAAUCUGAAAUGGUAAUGUUAGAUAAGGAGUUCAUCGCUGAAACUUGUUCUAAUUGGUUGAAAAUUUGUGGAGAGGAGAUUGUGAAUAAGAUAAACGGGAGGUAUUUGAUAGAUGCCAUUGUUAGUGGCCAAGAGCUUGCUUCAGCUGAAAAGUUGGUGAGGGAAACAAUGGACAGUAAGCAAGUGUUGGAGGGGAGUUUAGAGUGGCUGAAGAGUGUUUUUGGUUCUGAAAUUGAGUUGCCUUGGAGCAGAACCCGGGAGCUUGUUCUGGGAGAUUCUUCUGAUCUGUGGGAUGGGAUAUUUGAAGAUGCUUUUGUUAGGAGGAUGAAAACCAUUGUAGACUCAGGAUUUGAGGACUUGACCAGAGUUGUGAAUGUGAAAAAUUCGAUCCAUGCAAUUGCUGGCAUUGCUGCUGACCAAACUGAUUUCCAGGCUUAUUCGAAUAGAUCUCUGAUGGAUGGUGGGGUUUGGUUUAUGGACCCAAACAUUAAAAAGAAUAGCCUGGUCUCUGGUUCCAAAACAUCUACAGAGGAGAAUGAUUUCCGCACUUGUCUCAAUGCAUACUUUGGUCCUGAAGUUAGCCGAAUUAGAGAUGCUGUAGACAGCCGCUGUCAGAGUGUCCUUGAGGAUCUGUUGUGUUUCUUAGAAUCUCCUAAGGCAGCUUUAAGGUUACAAGAUCUUGCACCAUAUGUACAAAACAAGUGUUAUGAAAGCAUGUCAACCAUACUGAUGGAACUCAAGAAUGAGCUUGACCAGUUAUAUGCUGCCAUGAACAAUGGCAACAGGGAAGAUAAGACUGUGCCACCAGCUGCAAUUGUUGAAAGGUCUCUUUUCAUUGGGAGACUCUUGUUUGCAUUCCAAAACCACUCAAGACAUGUCCCAGUGAUACUUGGUACCCCAAGGUUAUGGGUGAAUGAGAGUACAAAAGCAGUUUUUGAUAGUUUGCCAUCCCUAUCCAUACUGAGACAUUCUAGACUGUCAAUUGAUUCUCCAAUGUGUGAUAGCCCAAGGCAAACGCUUGCUAGUUCUAGAAGACAAACUUCACUGGCCGCUGCCGCAUUGCGUGGGGCUAAUGAUAGCUCAAGCCCAAAACUUGAGGAGCUUCGUAGAAUUACACAAGAUCUCUGCAUUAGAGCUUACAGCCUGUGGAUAUUGUGGGUAUCUGAUGAACUUUCAGUUAUCCUUUUACAGGAUCUCAAUCGAGAUGAUGGAUUAUCAGCAACAACUCCCUUGAGAGGUUGGGAAGAGACUGUAGUCAAGCAAGAUCAGCCAAAUGAGAGCCAAUCAGAGAUGAAAAUAUCGCUUCCAUCUAUGCCUUCUCUCUAUAUUACCUCAUUUCUAUUCCGAGCAUGUGAAGAAAUUCAUCGAGUUGGUGGUCAUGUCCUUGACAAGCCAAUUCUGCAAAAAUUUGCCUCAAGAUUAUUGGAAAAGGUCAUUGGUAUUUAUGGGGACUUCCUCUCUGCCAAUGAUGCUGGUGGAUCUCAAGUGUCAGAGAAAGGGGUUCUGCAAGUUUUGCUAGAUUUAAGAUUUGUUGCCGAUGUUCUUUGUGGGGGUGAUCUCAAUGUGAGUGAUGAUUUAUCAAAAAGUUCAAAGGUGAAGUUUCCCUUCAGGCGGAAGCAGGAUAAAAAACAGACCAAGUCAAUCAUUAGAGAGCGAGUUGAUGGGUUGGUAAAUCAUUUUUCACAAAGAAUGGAUCCCAUAGACUGGCUUACGUAUGAGCCUUACCUCUGGGAGAACGAGAGGCAAGCAUACCUCCGGCAUGCUGUACUUUUUGGAUUCUUUGUGCAACUUAAUCGGAUGUAUACCGAUACUGUGCAGAAAGUGCCUACUAAUUCAGAAUCAAAUAUAAUGAGAUGCUCCACGGUUCCUCGCUUCAAAUAUCUUCCCAUCAGUGCUCCAGCUUUAUCUUCAAGAGGGACAACAAAGACAUCUAUUCCAACAUCAUCUGAUGAUGCUUCUUCAAGAAGUCCCUGGAAAGCUUAUGCGAAUGGGGAGCUUUCUCAGAAGAUUGAUUUUGAUGACACCUCAAGUUUUGGGGUAGCAACACCAUUAUUGAAGUCUUUCAUGCAGGUUGGCAGCAGGUUUGGAGAAAGCACGCUGAAACUGGGAUCCAUAUGGACAGAUGGACAAGUGGGCAAAUUCAAGGACAAAUCUGCAGCUGCCAUGUCAACAUUUGGUGACAUUCUGCCUGUCCAAGCUGCAGGACUUCUUUCGUCCCUGACGGCCACAAGAUCAGACUCCCGAUUUCCCACUGAAAGAUUUUGAGCCUCCCUUUUCAACAAGGAUGCAUCAUUUCACUUAUAAGAAACACUUGUGAAGCGACUGAAAUGUUGAUAGGUUUUGAUGUUGAAAUAUGAAAGCUACAGUCUCACUCCAAGAGGUUAGGAGUAUUUUAAGGCAUCACCAACGAUGUUGGAGAGAUGAAAGGGGAACAUGGGGAUUGAAAUUGUUUACAAAUAACACAGAAAAUGAGUAGAGAAAAUCAAACUGAGUGAAGAAGGGAACAGGCAGGGGAGGCGCUUAUGUGCAUCAAUCUGUAUUCUUAAGGGACUAAUAAAAGGUUGUAGUAUGAAGAUAGAUUUUGGCUGGUGUAAAGUUUUUCUUUGAGCAUUGUGGAAAUGUAUGAAGAAAAUGAGUUUGAAGAAAUGAAUAUAUGGCAUUAGCAGACUCAACCCAACUACUUGGGGUUGAGUACAUGAAAUCCCUUAUUUUGUGACUUUGUUCA